UGCUUUGUUGUUUUGUGCCACACACAAGUUUCCCCGAAUAACUUGCUAAAAUGAUAAAUUACUAGCCACGGCAGAUAUUUCCCAUUACAUGCCGCAGUCUGCUGCAAAGUCGUGCCGCAGACGCACGUCCUUGGAACUCCACACACUUGCCGCUAUUGAUCGGAACCACCUGUUGGGGCAGAACACUCCCACACAUCAAAACAAAAUACUCGGCCACGUAGUCUUUAGUCAGUCGGUUAAAUAUGCUCCAACGAACCACUAGAAUUUGGACGCUGUGCGUGCAGACGGCUUUGAUAGCCACCUUGGCCAGGGGAUCCGUACAACUCAAGGAUAAUCUCGUGGGGCGCUCGCAGAUAUCCUACAAUCCCAGUGAGCUUUCCGAAUCCCGCUUUCUGGAGUACAGCAAUCUGUCCGAUAAACUGCAUCUAAGGGAGGCCAUCGACAAUAUCUUAAUACCCCGAGUUGUGGGCUCGGGAAACCACAGCAUUGUACGGAAGUAUAUAAGCCAGAGCUUGAGGGAUCUGGACUGGGAUGUGGAGGUGAACAGUUUCCACGACGAAACUCCCAUCAAGGGAAAAUUGCAUUUUCACAACAUCAUAGCCACACUGAAUCCAAACGCAGAGCGUUUCCUGGUGUUGGCCUGCCAUUACGAUAGCAAGUACAUGCCGGGAGUGGAAUUCCUGGGGGCCACCGACUCCGCAGUGCCGUGUGCCAUGCUCCUGAACCUGGCCCAAGUGCUGCAGGAGCAACUUAAGCCCCUCAAGAAAAGCAAACUCAGUUUGAUGCUCUUGUUCUUUGACGGCGAGGAGGCCUUCGAGGAAUGGGGACCCAAGGAUUCCAUUUACGGAGCCCGUCACUUGGCCAAAAAGUGGCACAAGGAAAAGAAACUGGACAGGAUAGAUAUGUUGGUGCUACUGGAUCUUUUAGGAGCCCCCGAUCCAGCUUUCUACAGCUUCUUCGAGAACACCGAGUCCUGGUACAUGCGUAUGCAGUCCGUUGAGACAAGGCUGGCCAAGUUGCAGCUCUUGGAGCGCUAUGCCAACAGUGGAGUUUCCCAGCGCGAUCCCACCCGCUACUUCCAGUCGCAGGCCAUGCGAUCCUCCUACAUCGAGGACGAUCACAUACCCUUCCUGCGGCGAAAUGUACCGGUGCUGCACCUCAUUCCGGUGCCCUUUCCAAGUGUCUGGCAUACGCCGGAUGAUAACGCCAGUGUGAUUGAUUAUGCGACGACGGACAACCUGGCACUGAUUAUACGGCUCUUCGCUUUGGAGUACCUGCUGGGCGGAGGCGAGCACAAGUAGUACAAGUUAUGCCCCCCAGUGAAUCACAAAUGUUCUAUCUAAUUACGGCCUUAUCUAACUGACCUGUCCGAUAUGGGGACAUUGUUAAAUGUUCUUUUACCCGCCGCGGUACCUUGGAGAGGACCCUAUUGUUAACUGACUGUGUGCUUCAAAACUACUUAAGCAGACUUACAAAACACCUAUCCAAAUAUUUUUAUACCCACGUAUUUAUAGUUCAAAGAAAAGAUUGUUUAGCUAAUGACACGUCAAGUUUGAUAUAUUUUUUGUAAUCUUUCGGUUGUAAAUGUUUAAGACUUAUAUAGUACAACAUAUACAUAGUAAAUGUACCUUAAAACAAA